AUGUGUCAAACUGGAGGGGACUCCACUCGGGCCGAGGAAUGUAAUGGAUGCCAGCCGUCCUUCUUCGGGCGGACAUGCGGUGGCCGGCAUCUACGACAAAAGAAGCCGCGCGCCACUCUCGGCAGACGUGCACCCGUCAAGGAAGAGUCGGGGGACGACGCGUUCGAACGGCUGCCGUCACUAGCGGAAAGAGAAGAAGGAAGCCUGGAUUACUCUUCCUCGCGCGAGGAAGCGAAACCAAAAAAAGUAAGUCUGGAUGGUUGUUUCCGAGCACGGUACAAAAUAGGGUGCGUUAGUCGUUGUGCGACCUUGCUAUUAAUUGAUGUUCGUAGGUCCGGUACAGAAGAAGAAUACACGGAGCGGAACCAGCUGCUCCAAGACAUCCUAAGCCUCAUUGAAGGCACUUCGUACAAAGUGCGCACAGCGAGGAAGUCGAGGAAGGCCUGCCAUGCUGAGCCAGGCGUGGAAGCGCGAAAAUCGGCAGCGGCUGCCAGAGAUGUGCACGCAGCUAGAUACGCGGAGCGCAGCACAGCCUUCAUCGACGAGUGUGACACCGUUGAGGAAGAAAUUGAUGUUGCUAGCCCCACUGCCUACGCUACGCCGGAGCAGCUGCUGACUCGCAUGGUCACCCCUGAUGACGCCGAAAGAGAAUGGGACGACGUCAUAAGUGAAUGUGCAUUAGGCAUAUCUCGGCCGGCUUCCACAGAGCCCCAGUCGGCUGCGGCUACGCAUGCCCGCUCAGCAGAUAUAGCUGCGACUCCUGCAACAGCUGCAACAGCGGGUCGUAGGAGUGCCGAACCGCCAAGGGGCGCGGAUACCGAGACUGCAGCGGCUGCCUCCGCAGCAACAGGGUGUAGGAGCGCCGAAGCGACGCAUUCACAAGCCCCACCAAGCUACCCCAGGAAAAAGACAGCAAGAACUGGCUGA